UUAUUCUGAAAGUAUUGCUAGAAAGUAUCUGAUAUUGCUGCUGUCUUGAUACGAGAAAAAGCCGCAUCGCUUCAGCGCUAGCACCGUGCCGUUAACAGUUCAACGGGCUGUCCUUUUAAAAGACCACUAUGAAUCAAGAAAAGCUCGCCAAACUUCAGGCUCAAGUGCGGAUAGGUGGAAAGGGGACGGCCCGUAGGAAGAAAAAGGUUGUUCACAAGACGGCAACAGCUGAUGAUAAAAAACUCCAGGGCUCGCUGAAGAAACUGGCAGUGAACAACAUCGCAGGGAUAGAAGAGGUGAACAUGAUCAAAGACGACGGCACGGUCAUCCACUUCAACAACCCCAAAGUGCAGGCGUCUCUGUCCGCCAACACCUUCGCCAUCACGGGCAACGUUGAGACCAAGCAGCUGACGGAGAUGCUGCCGGGCAUCCUAAGCCAACUGGGAGCCGACAGCCUCAGCAGCCUGCGCAAGCUGGCGGAGCAGUUCCCACGGCAAUCAAUGGACAUGAAGGCAGUCAAGGAGGUAAUUGAAGAAGAGGAGGAGGAUGAUGAUGUUCCAGAUCUUGUGGAGAACUUUGAUGAAGCCUCAAAGAACGAAGCAAACUGAGGAAACUUUUUUUCUUUUCUUUUUUGCCCGCCUCAACAGUUUUAUUUUUUUUACCUCAUGGACUCACGGAGGGCAUUUCCCUUUUGUGGAGACACGGUUGUUAAAGGUGUGAUGGCAUCAUCAUAAUUUCCUGGAGACGCAAACCGCUGCAGUUUAGCCUGCCGCAGCAGCACAACAACAACAUGCAGAUGCAGUAGAUUUUCCUUUCAUAAGGCUGUGAUAUUGUGCACUCCUCGAGGAAGCGAGGAUCCGCACGACUCUCUGCACCCAGAUGACUCCAACUGCUUUAGAUAUAGACUUUCCUCGUAUUCAGACGUGGCUAGUAUUUAAGAGAUUGUUUAUGAAAUUACAACUAAAGUGAAUUCUUCUUUAGUUAUAGCAGUGAUUAUGAAUUUAAUAAAACCUUUUUGGGCUAUUAA